AUGCAGGGGGUGUUGGGAUAUGUGGAUGUCGAUUAUGCAGGGGACUUGGACAAGAGAAGGUCAACUUAUGGUUAUGUGUUUACAUGCACAGGAGGACCGAUCAGUUGGAAGGCACUACUGCAACCAAUUACAGCUUUGUCGACCAUAGAGGCAGAGUAUAUUGCAUUGGCCGAAGCUGGAAAGGAAGAAAUUUGGCUUAGUGGCUUGGUAAGUCAAAUGGGAAUCACCCAAGAUUGUGUGAAGCUGAAGUGUGAUAGUGAAAGUGCUAUUCACUUGGCAAAGAAUCAAGUUUUUUCUGGAAGAUCAAAGUACAUUGAAGCAAGAUAUCACAGAAUCAGAAAUUGGGUGGAGUCUAAGGAGAUUUGGAUUGAAAAGAUUCAUACAGAUGACAAUGCUGUAGAUUUCCUUACAAAGAUAAUGCCGGCCAAGAAGUUCAAGCAUUGCUUGAACUUGAUCAAUCUCGUUGAUUGA